UGCAUAUGUACUUCAGGGUGAAGUGUAUCAAAUACACACCCCUAUCACAACUCUCUGUGUAUAAAAGGAGAGGAAACUUCUGCAGAUCCUUAUUUUUCUGAAGAGCUGAGAAGAGAACCUGCGAGGGUUCACCAGCUUCUCAGAGCCAAAAUGGUGAAGUAUGAAGUGAUUGUAGCCACUUCGAACCUUGCUCAGGCCACCACCACAAACAAUGUGUUUAUUAAGCUGGUGGGCACAGAUGGAGAGAGCAAGCGGACAUGGCUUACAGGCGUUAAAGGUGCUGCCACUUUCUACCUGGGAGCUGAAUCUAAAUUCUCCGUGUCUUGCCCCACCUCUCUUGGAAAGCUGUUGCUGAUUGAACUCGACAAAAAGCCUCUACCCAUGUUUCCAGAAGACAACUGGUUUCCCAGCAAGAUUAAGAUUAAAUCCCCUGAAGGAGACACAUACUACUUUCCCAUUUACCGCUGGAUAGCUGGCUGUGAGGUUCACCUGUUCAGAGAGGGGACAGCUCUGCGGAUCUUUGAUGACAAUCAUCAUCUUGGAAAGUACUGCAGAGAGAAGGAGCUGAAGCUGAGGGAGGAACUCUACAGCUGGUUUGUUUAUAAAGAGGGACUGCCACAUUGCAUGAAGGCAGACAACCCUCUGUCUCUGCCCUGUGAGGUCCGCUUCUCUUUCACCAAAACAAAGGAGUUUGGCUUAACAGCAAUUACUGGGCUUGCAGAGCUGACACUGAAGGGACUGACCUCCAGCAAGGGGAACUGGUCAAAUAUCGAUGCUAUCAAAAAUGUUUUCUGCAACAAAAAAACAGCCAUCUCAGAAUAUGUCCAGAAAAACUGGAGGAGUGAUGCUUUUUUUGGCUACCAGUAUCUUAAUGGUGUCAACCCAUGUUUGAUCAGACGCUGUUCAGCCCUGCCAGACAACUUCACCAUCACUGAUGAGAUGGUGUUUCUCCGUGGUGGAGGUUGCUUAACAGAGGAAAUGCAGAAUGGAAACAUAUUCCUGUGCGACUACAAGGGUUUGGAUGGAGUCAAACCGAACGUGAUCAACGGGAAGAAGCAGUACUUGAUGGCUCCCCUCGUCCUCCUCCAUAAAACACCAGAUGACAAGAUGAUGCCAAUAGCUAUUCAGCUGAAGCAGACUCCAGGAGAUGACAACCCCAUCUUUCUCCCUACUGAUUCUGAGUAUGACUGGUUGAUGGCCAAGAUUUUUGUGAGAAGUGCAGAUUUCAGUGAACACCAGCUCAAUGCUCACCUGCUGCGCACUCAUCUCCUGGCUGAAGUGUUUGCUGUGUCUCUGCUGCGCAACGUGCCCAUGGUGCAUCCACUCUACAAGCUCCUCGUCCCUCACACUCGAUACACCCUGCAGAUCAACUUCUUAGCUCGACAGUUCCUCAUCUCUGAGAGCGGUGUUUUCACACAGUUUUCAGCUUCUGGUGGAGAGGGUAUGAUCACAAUCCUGAAGAGGUCACUGUCCUCAAUGACCUACACCUCCCUCUGCUUACCAGACGACAUCCAUGAGCGUGGGGUGGAUGAUGUGCCCGACUACUACUACAAGGAUGAUGGACUCAAACUCUGGGAUAUCAUCCACAGGUUUGUGAGAGGAGUGAUCUGUCACUACUACAAAACAGACGAUGAGGUCUGCAGAGACACUGAACUGCAGAAGUGGAUUCAAGACAUUUUUGAGCAUGGGUUCCUCUCCAACACAAACACAGGAAUCCCUCAGAGUUUUACCUCGCUGGAUGAGUUGAUAAAGUUCGUUGUGAUGGUGAUCUUCACUUGCUCAGGCCAGCACUCAGCUGUCAACUCUGGCCAGUACGACUACGGUGGCUGGAUGCCCAACACUCCCAUCUCCCUGCAGCGUGCUCCACCAACCGCCAAGGGGACAGCAAGCGAGGCCACCAUGCUGCAGACGCUCCCUGACAUCAACACAACAGUUCAGGGGAUGUCCACCAUGUGGCUGCUCAGCAAGCAGUCCUCAGAUUUUGUUGCUCUCGGCCAGUACCCAGAGGAUCAUUUCUUCGAGGACGUCCCCCGCAAGCUGAUAAAGGACUUUCAAGGAGAACUUGAAAUUUUAGGCACAGUUAUCAAAAACAGAAACAGGAGUCUGGAAGUUCCAUACAAUUACAUGGAACCAUCACUGCUGGAAAACAGUGUGGCUAUCUGAACACUGCAGUACUCGUUCCUGAUUUUUUUUUUUUUUUUUUUUUUUGCUUGUAAGACAUCUCCUCCCACCCCUAGAGGGUUUGAGUCCUCAUGAGGGGAUUCUAAUUAGCCUAGUUAGUCUUUAAAUUGUCCACUGAUGGCUUAUCGUAUUGUGCUUGUACUGUGAUUGUGUAAAGCUCAUUUCAAACCUUCUCAUGGCAACUUUGCCACUCGGCAAACUCAAUCAAUUCUGGGCAUUGGUAUGCAAGACACGGCUCUGCUAACUCUAACACUGAGGGCAGCUUUUCUCUGCAGAAACACAGCUGACUUAGCAUUGAGUAGAUUUAAAAAAAAUUUUCCUGAUUUAAUGUUUUUUGACAUACAGUAUCAGUUGUAAAUCUUAAACUGGGAUCUACUACAGUUGUUGAAACAAAUUGUCUCUCUGGUCCUGCUCUCUUGUCCUAAUAGUCCUGAUAAGGUUCUGAAUGCAUGUCAGUCAUUCACAAACUUACACCAGCACUGUCAUGCAAUCCUAAUAUAACUUUGUCUAUAAUUAAACAAGGGGAUAGUGGAUUAUACAUUUCUGGCUACUUUGAACUGCACUGUGAUCCACAGCAAUAAUUGAAAACUACAUAAAGGAAUAUCUUAUCUUAAAAAAAAAAAAAAAAAAAAAAUUGGAAUUUCCCCUUGCGGGACUAAUAAAGGAAUAUCUUAUCUUAAUAUCUUAAAGCUGCCUGGAAGAAAGACAACACAUUCACAGUAGGAAACUUUGUAGAAAGCUUCAUAGAGUUCAGCAGCAAUGUUAAAAACAUGCAAUUUUAAUUUGACUCCAUGCAAUCUUUUUUCUUCUAUGGUUUUGUUUUUGGGUUCUGAGCAAACUUAAAGAAGAAAUAAAUAAAAUGA